AUGGCAGUAGUUUUCAAUGCAAAAUUUAACGGCGAACAUCCGCUUAAUUUAGAUCUACAAAUAAUGCCAGGAAUAGAAGCUUCAGAGUUUGACGAACCUUUGGGCUGCACAGCAACAACACCGGCAUUACCUCCUCUCAAUGACAGUGAACUUGAAGUAGCAACUGAUUCAGAGACUGGUAGUUCCUCACGUUAGUGACCGAGUAAUCAAUUCUAAAUAAUCUAUGAUUCUUAGUUUCUGAAAAAGCUCAGUUUUAUCUCUUUCACAGCUUAAUUAUGUGUUCCCCUUCACUUUAUUUCAGCAAAUUCAGCUCAAAACAUCACUUUAAUAGAAACUCAAGAUGGUCCAAGACAACCACGGCUACAUAAGUUCCCUGUGCGAGAUCCGAAAUCAAAGAAAACAAAAUCCUUUCAGGCAUCUUGGUACAGCUGGUUCGACUGGUUAGAAUAUAGUCUUGAGGAAGAUGCUGCAUUUUGUUAUCCUUGUCGGAAAUUUUCAGUAAAGACCUCCGCAGUGGCUACAAGUGCUUUGACAUUUACUGAGACGGGUUACAAGAACUGGGCGAACGCUCUUGACGCAAAUAAAGGUCUGUCUAAACACGAACAUUCCGAAACACACAAGAAUUGUUAUGCUAAAUGGUCUGAUUUAAAGAAAAUAGAGGCAGAUAAAGAAAAAGACAUCAGGAGCAGAAUAAACCCUGACCAUGAAGAGGUAGCCAGAGGAAACCGGGAAUAUCUCAGCAGUUUAUUUAAGUAUGUCAUCUGGUUUACAACAAACGAGGUUCCCAUGAGAGGUGGUGAUGAAACUGAGGAAUCUAAGAAUCCUGGGAAAUGGAUCAGCUUUAUCAAACUGCAGCUUGAAACCAACCCUGCGUUUCUGAAACUCCACCAGAAGUUCAUGAGUAAUCGCACUGCUAUGGAUUAUACUAGUAAGACUAGUAUAAACGAAUUCAUUGAAAUCAUCGCUGAUAGUGUUAGAUUGGUUAUCUGUAGCCAGAUUAAGUAUAGUGGAAGCGGGCUUUUUUCAGCUUCGAUUGAUGAGAGUAAGGAUACUGCAAAGCGCGAGGAACUUGCAAUAGCAGUUCGCUACUAUGUUGGGACGGUUGUUGAGCGCUUCUACGAUCUGAGACCGCUAGAAGACUUUGGUGCACAAUCUAUCAUGACAUUCACCAAAGAGGUCAUUGACUUGAUAAUUGAAAGAUCUGGAGCAGCUGUAAUUUCACUUGGGGCUGAUGGUGCAAGUGUGAUGUCAGGUGAAUAUGCUGGGGUUGCUGAGCUUUUACGCUCAGGACACUUUCCGUGGCUGAUUUAUAUCCAUUGCACUGCACAUCGCUUGAAUCUUGUGGUAAAUGACAUCAUUAAAGGGUCUCCACUGGCUCUAGACAUAAUGACCAUGAUUAACUCACUGUACUCAUUCUUCAACAUCCCCAAAAUCAGGUCACUUUACCAGACCGUGUAUCAAGAACUAUACCCAAGAAGCCAGAUCAGAUAUCUGCAUCAACAAAUAGAAAUGCGAUGGGGAUGCAAGUUUGAGGCAGUGGACCUUCUCGUAGACAAACCGGAGGUUUUUUUGGAAACCCUUGUAAGAGUAGCAAUGAAUCGAGAUAAAGUCCAUGACCCAAAACAUGUCGAACGAGCUGCAGAUUUCUACCACAAACUGAUCACCACAAAAGUUGUCAUAGGUCUGAUUAUACUGAGGGCUUAUCUAGCUGAACUGUAUUUCCUUUCGAAAGAACUUCAAACCGAAUCUAUUAAUUGGACAGAUGUUCAGCAUGAGCUGACAAUAACUCGUGGUUCAUUGGAUGCAAUCACUGUUGACCAGCUUUUAAAAGAUACCGAGAAGUUCUUUGAGUCAAUAGGCAUACCUAUGGAUGUGAACUUAGACUGCUUUGCUAUUGUUAGAACAAGGUAUGGAACAAGACAGCAAUCUGACUCAAACCUUGAAAGCAGCAUCAGUGAGAUGAACUCUUACAUGAAAGAAAAGAUAGAUGAAGAGUUCAACGUACGGUUUGACGCCAAGAAUGUCGAAGUGAUGAAGAGUUUCGAAGCCCUCUAA